AAAACUAUUUUUGUAUGAAACAAAUUAGUUCAAAUUUAAUUGUUUGUUGGCGGAUUUCAAAAUUGAUUUGUUUAUUCACACAUUCAUUCACUUUCGUCCUUUCCUGUAACAAUAUGGACGGAUAUGGUUUGCUUGUUGCGAUUUUAGUGUGUCAAUUAUUGUGCAAGGUUGGGACUUUAGAGCUAGAGAGAUGUUUGUUGGAAAACAAUCAGAUGGGAAAAUGUAUUUCCGUCUCACUUUGUCCAAAAUCAUCUACACCGGUCAACACAACAGAAACCAUUUGCGUCAUGGGCAAAGUGUGUUGUAAGAUUUCAGAAAAAAUUAUGACUCCUGCUGAUAACUUCAACUACGUGCCAGUACAGCCUCCAAAUGCUGGUAGUGCAGUAACUCCAGCUAUUGCUAACCCAACAUCAAACGGAGGUUUUCCUUCUAAUACUGGCCCAGCAAAUGGUGGUUCUCAAUCGCCUGGUACCAGCAUCCCAGGAGGCUUUCCUAAUAAUAAUCCUCCGAAUGGGUCUUCUCCUCCAAAUGGGUCUCCGCCUCCAAAUGGCUCUUCUCCUCCAAAUGGCUCUUCUCCUCCAAAUGGAUCACCGCCAUCAGGAGCGCCACCAGCUUUAGUUGGAAAUAUUGUGGCUGAUCCAGAUACAAUUAUAGUUUCAGCAGAAGUUCCUAAUAAUGCAUUAGAUUUUUUUGAACAAAAAUGCAAUCAAUUUGCCUCGAGGUCAGGAACAUUAAGGCCGAUUCCUACAGUCCAAGGAAGCUAUACUCCUAUAGUAAUGAUAUAUGGAGGAGUCUCGUCAGAAGAACAAGAAUUUCCUCAUAUGGCUGCAUUAGGUUAUGGAGAACCAAACGCCAAGCAAUGGCUUUGCGGUGGUAGCUUGAUUAGUGAAAAUUUUGUACUUACAGCUGCACAUUGUCUAUCCGCUCGAGCACUUGGAAAUGUUCGUUAUGUAAAACUAGGAAAUCUAAAUCUAGAUAAAGACACCCAAAACACCCAACUAAGAAACAUAAUUCGUGCAACACCACACGAACAAUACAACUCUAUAUCUCAAUACAACGACAUUGCUCUAUUACAAUUAGACCAGCCAGUACAAAUAACUAGUUACGUUGCACCCAUUUGCUUACAUUCAACCAGCAACUACGAAGACAGAAAUUUGGUUGCAACUGGCUGGGGCAAAUCCCAAUCUCAAACGCGCAGUUCCAACUUGGAAAAAGUCGGUUUGGAGAUUUUCAGCCAGACGGAAUGUAGCAAUGCGUAUGCGGGAGUAUCCAGGCAACAGCUACCUCUAGGUAUUCAAGAGCUGAUUCAAGUUUGUGCUGGUAGUCAUUCGCAAAGCAAGGAUACUUGUCACGGUGAUUCCGGAGGGCCUCUCCAAUUACGCAAAAACAAUAGAUGGUAUUUGGUCGGUAUAACUUCCGUUGGAAUUCAGUGUGGAGUUGCUAAUGUUCCAGGAGUUUAUACUAGGGUGUCAGCUUAUCUUCAAUGGAUCCAGCAGCGUGUUUGGAAUAAAUAAUAAUGUUGCAAUUUUAUAUACAAAUGUCUUAAUAUUUAGCAAUAAACAUAUU